UGACGGAUUCUGUUGCCAGACCACCCUCUGCUUUAUUUCCGCCACGCCGGUGACGAACCUCUCAGCUCCUCCACUCCCCGUCAGAUCGGAUCGCUCCGCCGUGAGCCCGCCCCCUCGAACAUGGCGGCGCUGCUGAUGCGACGGCUCGCCGGGUCGUACCGCGGCCGCGCGCCGCUCGCUGCAACCGCCGCCGCCGCCGCUGGUGGGGCCGCGCUCUUCUUCGCCUCGUCGCCCCCCACCGUCGCGCACAUGGAGGAGAAGGGGGAAGAGGCCGCUGCUAAAGUCGCACUUAACCCUGACAAGUGGUUGGAAUUCAAGCUCCAAGAGAAGGCAACAGUUAGCCAUGACUCACAGCUAUUCAGAUUUUCAUUUGAUCCAUCUACUAAGUUGGGCCUGGAUGUUGCUUCGUGUCUCGUAACAAGGGCCCCCAUAGGUCAGGAAGUGGAGGGAAGAAGAAAAUUCGUUAUUCGCCCGUACACCCCUAUCUCUGACCCUGAUUCUAAAGGACACUUUGACCUAUUAAUCAAGGUUUAUCCUGAUGGGAAAAUGAGUCAGCAUUUUGCUAACUUGAAGCCAGGAGAUGUUCUCGAAGUCAAAGGGCCCAUUGAAAAGCUCAGAUAUAGCCCAAAUAUGAAAAGACACAUUGGCAUGAUCGCUGGUGGUACUGGCAUAACACCAAUGCUGCAGGUUGUCAGGGCCAUCCUCAAAAACCCUGAUGACAACACUCAGGUUUCCUUGAUUUACGCCAAUGUGUCACCAGACGAUAUCUUGCUGAAAAGGGAAUUAGACAGACUUGCCAGCAGCUAUCCUAAUUUUAAGGUAUUUUAUACAGUUGACAAACCAUCAAGUGACUGGAGGGCUGGUGUUGGCUACAUAUCAAAGGACAUGGUUUUGAAAGGUUUGCCAGGCCCAGGGGAGGAUUCUCUUAUUCUUGUUUGUGGUCCUCCUGGACUGAUGAAUCACAUAUCUGGAGAUAAGGCCAAGGAUAGAUCACAGGGCGAGGUCACUGGCCUUCUCAAAGAUUUAGGAUACACAGCCGAUAUGGUGUACAAAUUUUGAGUGCAUGGUUGAACACAUGGGGUCCCUGACAGUGACAUGCAUGCUGCCAUUGGCACUCUAAAAUAAACGGAAUCGGUGCUUUUUGUGGCGCCAGUUUGGCGUGAAACUUGAAGAGUUUUGACCCCUUUUCCCCUUAAUGCUCUCUGAGAAUAUUUAAGACACGGAUUAUCUGUAGUCUGAAUGUUGUUCUCAAGUUGGAAUGCCUGCCUGCGCAGUUGUUCAACACUCUUGUUUUAUUUUGCAAGAGCUAGUGAAUUUUAGAGACUUAAUUUGUGGGUUUGUUGUUGAUGAAUAUGGUACCAGUUGUGCUCUGUGAUUUUCUUCUAAUAAUGGAUGUGGUAUCAUAGUUUGUGCA